CGCGUUCCCGGGGCCGCGCGGCGCUGCCGAGAGCCCCGGCCGGGUCCAGAAACCGCUCCCUGUAGCCGAAAGCGGCACCCUCCGCCUCCAGAACGAAAGGAGCGUUGAGAUCCGCUGGGAGAUGGGGCGCCUUUCUGAGGUGUUAGAGGAGAAACGGGGCGGCGCGGUACGCUGCUUUCAGGGCGCAGAGCAGCUGUUUCCCGUCAGCGCCGCGCUCCCCCGUGUCACCGCCCUCGGGGCCCCGCAGCCGUCGGCGAUGGGGCUGUGCGCGCUGCUCCGCGCUGCGGGGCCGCCCCGCCGCAGGGUCCCGCCCGGCCCUGCCCUUCGCCUGUCCGCGCCCACCGAACCUGUCCUCGCUCUUCCACCGUGCGGUUUCCUGAGAGUAUAAUUCGUGCGCUUUCACUUCAAAGCAUUUAAACGAGCAUUAAAUAUACACAAAAACGUAGUGCUGUGCACGCAUGCUGACGCCCGGUCAUUUUGAGGAAAGGUUAAUUUGUGUCUCUGAGGAAGGGCAGUGGCUUCUCGGCUACUGCAGAGACUUCUGUUUGGAUAAGGGUGAAGCCAUAAGCUAAACAAAUUGGGGACGAUAAUAACUAGAGAGAAUCCUCUCGGCCUGGAGCUCCCCCAGCAAUGGUUUUCUCUGCUUGCCAAGUUUCCCUUUCUGAGUACAAUACUUGGGCAUCAUAGAAUUGAAAGUGUAGCACACGUGGAAUAAAAUCCAAUGUCGAAACUACAAUAGAAGCCCUGCAAGUUUUCCCGAACAUGGCAAAGUUUACCUGCAUGGAACAUGGUGUGGGAUUAACUAACACUGUACAUGAGUUGUGUUCCUGCUGACAGAGCAAGUGUUCUCUUGUGGAGGGAGGGAUGGGAUCUCAGCGUAUUGCUUGUCCAAACAGAAUUAUCCAAACACUAAUCAGUGCGGGCAGCCAGCGAGGAUGGUGCUGUUCCUCUCACCCCUCAGCUCUCCUGCUGUGACAGACUUCAGGCCCUUACACAGUGCUGCCUUAGCUGAUCUCAAUAAGUAAAGAAAUAGUUGACAAGUGAAACAGUUGACCCUUCUUUUUCUGGUUGUCCAGAGGGCUUGCUGAUACCCAGAAUGAAUUCAUUUUAUCAGCCUGGAAGGACUCAGGAACGUAGCUGGUAAUACUCAGGAGAGGCCAUAAAUAUCAGGAGAGCCCAAUGAUUUCAUGGUGAAGUUCACAUUCAUCCAGGUGGACGCCUAGCGUUUAAGAUAAAGGUAUUUAGAGAGGCUGAAAAUUCCAGUAAAAAGUUAGCUGUGUCCAAGCCUACUGCAGCACCCUCUGUUCCUGGCUCUGCUUUGCUGUUUAAGCCUGGGCAAAUGACUUGCACCUUUGUGAUUUGCAUUGUGUGUCAUGAAACAGAGAUCCUUGCGUGUUUGCAAGGUGCCCUCGAUGUCGUUGUUCAUGUUAGAAGUGUUACUGAUGCAGGAUAUACAAAUAUUAGAGGAAAGGGAGAUCUUCUGUUGCAUCUGCAUAUCUACUGUUAAGUUUUACAUGAAAGUUAUUUGCUUUUCAGAGUGUAAAAAAAAAAUGGAUUUGGCCAACCAUGGACUUAUUCUGCUGCAGCAACUAAAUGCUCAGAGAGAGUUUGGUUUCCUGUGUGACUGCACGGUUGCUAUUGGGGAUGUCUAUUUCAAGGCACAUAAAUCGGUCCUCGCUUCUUUCUCCAACUACUUCAAGAUGCUGUUUGUUCACCAAACCAGUGAAUGUGUCCGCUUGAAAGCAACCGACAUACAGCCAGAUAUCUUCAGUUAUCUCUUGCAUUUGAUGUACACUGGGAAGAUGGCACCACAGCUCAUUGACCCAGUUCGACUAGAGCAGGGAAUAAAGUUUCUGCACGCAUAUCCGCUAAUUCAGGAGGCCAGCCUUGCAAGUCAGGGAACUUUCUCUCACCCGGAUCAAGUUUUUCCAUUAGCAUCUUCAUUAUAUGGCAUUCAGAUCGCAGAUCACCAGAUCAGACAUCCCGCUAAGGUUACGUCGGCAACUGACAAACUCGGGCGAGAACCAAGGCCACAGACUUCCCGGAUGACCCAAGAACAGGUUUCUGAAGGCUCACAGCUCUCGCAGUUACCUACAACUCUGCCACAAGUGAGCCGGACAAAUAUGGCCACUUCCGACCAAUUGCCAUCGUCUUUAUCUCCGGAAUUGGUAUCUGCUGCUGGUAACAAUUCACCCGCAGGAGAGGAAGCCAACAUGGAAGCAUCUUCUUCAGAUGAACAGCCCGCAUCACUCACGAUAGCACAUGUCAAGCCAAGCAUUAUGAAAAGGAACGGAAGCUUCCCCAAGUACUAUGCCUGCCACCUCUGCGGUCGCCGGUUCAAUUUACGAAGUAGCUUGCGUGAACACUUGCAGAUCCACACAGGAGUUCCCUUCACAUCUAGCCAGCAGGGAGAAAGUAAUGUUUCUUUGUCUCUCUGUAACAACACAGCUGAGAAAGAUGCCAUGGAAGUGCCUGAAGCUGGGAUGAUCAGUGACAGUGAGCUGCAGCAGAUCUCAGACUCUCCAAUAAUCGAUGGGCAGCAGCAAUCAGAGACGCCACCCCCCUCGGAUAUUGCAGACAUAGACAACUUGGAGCAGGCAGAUCAAGAGAGGGAAGUCAAAAGACGGAAAUAUGAAUGUUCCAUCUGCGGUCGCAAAUUUAUUCAGAAAAGCCACUGGAGGGAGCACAUGUACAUACACACUGGCAAACCCUUCAAGUGCAGCACUUGCGACAAAAGCUUUUGUAGGGCUAACCAGGCUGCCAGACACGUGUGCCUAAACCAGAGCAUGGACACAUACACGAUGGUAGACAAACAGACUCUGGAGCUCUGUACUUUUGAGGAAGGCAGUCAAAUGGACAACAUGCUAGUACAGACCAACAAGCCCUACAAGUGUAACUUGUGUGACAAAACAUUUUCGACUCCCAAUGAAGUAGUCAAACAUUCGUGCCAAAAUCAAAACUCUGUCUUCACGCUAGAAGAAGAUCGCUCCAUUCUGCUAGGCGGUGGGGACACGGAAGCCACAGAGACUGAUAAUGCAGUGUUAGCCUCCAUCAAAAAGGAGCAGGAAGCAGUGUUGUUAGACUGAAUGUGAAAUCUAUAUCAAUUUUUUAAAGUUUCUUUACUCAUUUUUAUUAAAUCGAUUUUUUCUUCCCCCUGCCUCUUACCUCACUUACCCCUGCCAUCUCUUCCACCAACCUUCCCACCAUUUGUCUUCGGCAACCAGAACUGUACUGGCUCAUUAGGAAAUUGGACUUUGCCUCUCCCACCAAAACAAGCAAAAAGCUCUUGCAUCAAACCACAACAUAAUUGAUUUUAAUACAAAGGAACAUGUGAAAAAUAAUCCAGCUAACUAUGCUGAUAGUAUUAGUUAAUCCAAAUUUAAUAGAUUUCAAAUGAAAUUUAGAUUACUUGAAAGUGUAUUUAGAUACAAUGACUGUAAUGAGAAACAGAGUAUCGGCUUGGUAAGCAAGGAAUAUAUAUAUAUAUUAGUUUCCCUGGUAAAAGGCGUUUUGAGAAGAUCCAGCUAUUUAAACACCAUGCUUUUUAGAACUCCACAUGCAAGUCGAUUAAGAUUAUAACUUAAAAACCUCAGAAUUUUUCCUCAUUGAAGUGAAUGCAAAAAGUUGUUAGUUGGGUUAAAAAGAGCUGAGAGUACCGAGUUUCUUUCAGCCUUAUAUUUUCCGUCAAGUAUGCCUUUGGGUAUCUGUUUCAGAUAGCAUGAUUGAUUCAAGCCAAGUAGUUACUUAGUCAAAUUUUGACUUAAGUAGCUGUAAUAAUAAUGUGAUGGCAAUCCUUAUAUAUAUAUAAAAACUACCGUAUAUGUAUAAAGAUUUAUAUAUAUAUAUGGAAAGUGUGUGUAUAUUUGGUACAGGUAAAUAAAUGCACACAUCCUUUUUAAGCAACUGGCCGUCUGCUCUCCAAUUCAGCCCAGAAAGUAUAUUAAUUGUUUGACUAAAGCAGUCAUUGCACAGAUUUUAAAUCAAACUGAAAACGUCCUGAGCUGUGUGCAUUUUUAUUGGCCUGUAGAACAGAAGCUGUCGGAUAAGUGUCAUCACCCAAGAUGCAAAGGAAACCAGAAAAGCAACAUCCCGGUGGGCACUGUACCCUCAUCAGUGCAGCACGUGCAUGCGUUGUUAGGUAUAGUUUUGAGUCAUUCUCGAUGAGAGGAGAGAGAAAAACUUUGUUGCCUUACUCAGGCAAGGAAAGUCCAUGGUUUUGUUUGGUAUAAUCGCAUGAGGUAAGAUGAAGAAAAAGUGGUACAGAUAUGUUCUAGCAAUGGGGGAUCAUGGUUGUUUUAAAGCAGAUCUGGAGUGUUGACUGGCAAAUUCUGCUCUUUGAGAGUCCCAUUAUUUUUAAAGCCAAGACAAAAUCUGCAAAAACUGAAAUAAUGAAUUAUGUAAUUUUAGUUACUGAUGAUGAUAGCACUGCAUCUUUGUGUUAAAAAUCAAGUUGUUGAUACUUAUUAUUUUAUAUGAAAUGCCCGGAUUUUUUGCUGGUAGCAUAAAAAAAACAAAACUGACAGCAGCAAUGGAGUCCACCUAGCAAAUACUGGGCCAGCAGAAGGUUGAAAUGGACAGAACAAAGUGCCCCAUAGUAAAUGGAGGCACUGUGCUUUGGGGGGGAGGGGUGGGAGAGGGCAAGUCACAAACCACAGCUCUUCUCUGUGUAUACAUUUAAACUGAAUAUCAUUUUGUGUAUAGUUAAGUUCUCAGAUUUGUAAGUUUUUAUACAUCAUUUCAUUGAAUAAAAACUGAAUUAAAUGGAA